AUGACGGACAUGUUGUGCAGGUGGCUGAACGAAGAACUGCGACUGUCUCAAGUUGUUGAGCCAAAAACCUUUGCUAAGGCUUUUUCCAGUGGCUAUCUAUUUGGUGAAAUCUUAUAUAAAUACCAGCUGCAAAGUGAUUUCCACAUGUUCAUGAAAAAAGAGAGAUCAAUAUCAAUGUUAAACAACUUUACUCGACUCGAACCAUCUCUCCAUUUGCUGGGAAUUUCAUUCAGUACAACCACUGCCCAAGAACUGAUGCAGGAAAAGCAUGGGGUGGCUGCACACCUCGUACAACAGCUUUAUAUUUCCCUGGAAAGAAAGAAGAAAGCAGACAGUAGUGGAGCAGACAUAAAAGGUGUGCAAUCUGCUGCUGCUGCCAGUCUGCUCAGAAAAGAGCAUGACAUCCACCAUAAUGUUAACCUUCAAAAAAUUUCAAAACCUUAUGAAGAUAAAUUCCACCAGAUGGGCAGAUCUAUUGUGGGCACUGAUGUUAAGCAAAAGAAGGUGCUAGUAAGGCAAGAGGAAAAGUCAAAGAGGAAUUAUGACCCGUUCCAGAUUUCCAUUGUUCAAGCACCAAAACCUCCACAGUUAUCACUUAAUCUAAGGAAGCAACAGCAAUGGCAAAAGAAACUAGCACAGGAUGUUCAGAAUGAAAUCGCUCAGUUUGAAAACAACAGAGUAAAACUGCCUUCUUCUUUAAGGCAUCCAGAUGAGUGUAGUUUGUUUACUGAGGGCCCAAGAGUUGUGUCUAAACCAGUGCCAAACAGUGUGUACAUACAGCAAAUCAAACAGAGACUUAAAGAAGAUGCACAUGAUCGCGAGAAAAGGGACAAAAGGCUUGACAGAUUCCUUAUGGAGCAAACAAAAGUACGGGAAGCGGAGCAGAAUACAAAACAUGAAGAGUAUCUGCUGAAGCGGUUUACACGUCCAACAAAGCAGGAGCAGCGCCUUGUAGCACAACUUCACCAAAUCAGAAAGCAGAAGGAGGUCAUCACCAAUAACCGUUUAUUCAGAGAGGAGCAAAUCCUGCAGAGGAAAGAGAAGGACUUCCAGGAAGCACUGAAGAGGGAGGCGGUAUUAGAUGGACAGGAAAAGAUGGCCCGUGCAGAAGAGAUCAAAGGGGACCUUGACUUUUGUAAAAGACUGGCUGCUGAUCGAGAUCAGAUCAUGUACCAGAAGCAUUCAGAGAGCUGCAAGGAAAUAGUGGAACAGAUAGUGGAUUUGGCCACGAAGGUUGGAGAGUACCAUCUCCUUUAUGGGAAUCCAGUCCCGGGGAAACAAAUAAAAGAAUGGAAGGAAGUGCUGUUCAGUGGCCUGCCUCUGUAUGAGCCUUCAAAUGUGGGCGAGAGCUCUGACAACACAGAUCCUGUAGAGCUAAAGAAGCACAACAUACUCAACAACCUGGACUAUGAUGAAUAUAUUAACAUGACAGGUGCAUGGGUAUGGCCUGAAGAAGCAGGGGAGAUAAAGUUACCUCCGACCAAUAACCACAUUCUGGGACAUGUGGUCGCACGACUUAGGAACCUGGUCCAUACACCAUGUGAAAAACCAGCUGAAGCCCCUUUCCCAUAUUUCAGCCUCAAGGCCUGUGUUUUGGGCAAGUUGUGCUCUGGAAAAACCUUCUGCCUGGCUAAGAUUGCACAGGCUCAUGGCUUCUAUGUACUAUCAGUCCAAGAACUGAUUAGCAAAGCAUUAAAUGAAUACAAAACUAGUGAGACGGUCACAGAGCAAGACCUGCUGAACAGUGAGAAAGAGCCCACAAGAGAUAGUGAGGAAUUGCCACAAGAUAUAAGCAGUAUCAAGCUUUCCACACUGGCUAUGCUUGGACGAGAAGCAGAAAAAGCAAUGAUGGAAGGAAAUAGUUUGCCCUUUGAGUUGCUGGUAAAGAUCAUAAUAGCAGCCAUACAGAAUAUUCCAGCUAAUUCAGGUUGGAUUUUGGAUGGCUUUCCUCUAAAUAUGGAUCAGGCACGUUUCCUAGAGAAGGCUCUUGGUGGGAAUGUAGAGAGAGAGGACUGUGCCGUUAUAGACAGUCAGAUGAACCUUGCUGUAGAUCCAGACCCUCCUAAAACCCCCCCACCUCGGCCCCCGGCUCUUGACCUGGCUCUGUUCCUAGAUGUCUCCGAUGACUGUGCUGUCAGCCGUGCAGUCAACCGAGCAUAUGUGGCUGCUACAGACUCUACACCUGAUUACUUAUACAUGGCACAGAUCCCACACAGGAUUACGGAUUUUAAAGAAACUUGGCCAAGCCUUGAAAACUGGUUUGGGACAAAACAAAAGAUUUUGAUUCGUGUUGAUGCAAAUGUUGAUGAAGAGGAGCUUUUUAAUCAAGUAGAGUCCGUUCUUCUGCAGGUGAAAAGACCUCAUCCAGAAGUUGCUGCCACUCUUCCUGUUGAUGUUGUGGUGUCAGAUGGAGGAACAGACUCAAAGGGCUUGUCUAAAACACCUUCUCUGGACCAAUCCUCAAAUCAGGAAUUAAUAGUGAAUCUGAAACCUGAAACUACAGAGUCCAGUAUGAGUCUCAGUACAGAAAAGGAAGAAAAUUGGAAUAUUCAGAUGAGCACAGACAACUUAGAAGAAUCCUCUAAAAUGGCCUCACUCACCAAUGAAAGCAGCUCACAGUUUUUUGAUAAACCACUACCACCAGGAAUUCCAGAGCCUCUCUACCUUCAUUGGAAGAAAGUGUGUGAAAUGUACGUGAACAACAUAAAGGCGGUUUUACAAGAGCUUCGCCUAGAAAGAAUAAUGAUAAACCAGCACUUUUUCAACAUCAAAGAAGAGUAUAAACAUUAUUUGGGUCGACCAGACUUAAGACAGGAAGUAGUUUCUCAGUGGCAAAAGGAUUUCAACAGUGUGGCUGACGACAUGAGAAGCGAUGAGGAGACAAAAGCAGAGCUGCACCUCAGGCUUCAUGAACUUUGUGAACAUUUGAGGAACAUGUGUGAAAAACGUAAAGAAGAAAAUGAACAGGAAAGGGCUGCUAUAAUGGGGGAUGGAUGGUUGUCAGAUCACACCGCUCUGCUGGUCAAUUACCACUCCAUACUUAUGCAGGUGGAGUUGGACCGGUUUCAGGACACAUUUUGUCUUCUUAAAACAUAUUAUUUGAGUGUAACUAACAAUCCACUGGCGGAGCUGCCAUCAAAUCUAACCACAAUUUCUCUACUGGACAUUCCAAGCAUACAAGCUUUGGAGACACAGUCCCAACAUGGUGAACAUGACCAGCCCCAAAAGAAACUUCUAGAUGAUUAUGAAGAUGCAGUCACAGCUGUUAAUAGUCUGUUGCCAGCAGCAGCCCACCAGAGGGAGGUAGAGACAAAGCCGACUGACAAAGCACAGGAGAAGCCUCCAGGUGUGGACAAAAGCAGCAAAAAAGCUCAGUCUGCGAAGAAAAAGAAAGGUGAUCCAUCUCCACCUCCAGCAUCAAGCCCUGAACCUCCUGAAGUCAAACCCACAGAAUAUGCAGCAGCACUGACUCAUGAGGAGGAAACUGCAAAGGUACGGUUUGCCCAGGUGAAAAGUCAUGGAUUAAACUUGGUAAAUUUUAUUCAACAGAGCGCAGGAGAGGCUUUCAGCUGUAUGGAAAAGUGGCUGAAUGACAAUUUUCAGAAUGAAAUAAAGAGCAUUGAGCAGCUCGCAGAAGUGGUGCGUCAUCACAUAGAAUCUGGAGCUAAACUGCUGAAUGAGCUGGUUUUGGAUUGUACUCAUUUCUGUAUUAACGGCGACUACCAAAUGGUGGCUUUGCCAUCUCCUCCUUCUCGUCCUCCAUCUUUUGAAAAACCUUCACAGAGCACCCUGUCUAUCAUUCAGCUAGAAUCUCUUUGCCAACAGUUCAGACAUGUAGCUCCUAGUGGACUCCUGUCCAGUUUGGAAUUUCUGACUUUUCUUAAAGAUGUAAUGUCUGCACACAAGGGAAGAAACACCCUGCCAGAAACCUGGGUCACAAUGACUGAAACACAGCUGGUGGAGAUAGUGGCUUCUCUUAAAGAUAAACAUGACCUUGUGGAUUGGCGGAGGUUUAUGCUCGGCUGUGCCCUCCCAUGGCCGUCGCCGUCGGUAACACAGCUGCUGGACGCCUUGAGAGAGUUUAAAGCAGCAGAUACUAAAAACAAAGGAUAUAUUAGUGAGCGACAGUUUCUACAGACCCAGAUGUGGUUUCGUAAAGAGACUGUUAUGGAGACACCAGACGACCUUUCUAAGCCACUACCUUAUAAUCGCUUCUCUAACCUAUUUCAGUUCUUCUUCCGGAUGUUUGCGGACCACUCCUCCAGUCCACCGCGUCUCAACUACACUUCCAUGCUCCUGUAUUUUUCUGCUGAUCCAAACCCCAAACAGGGCUUCGUCAGAGCGCUCAGUGUGGUCAUAGGACAGCAUCUCAAACAGUCAUCAACAACACAGCUUGUCAAGUCAAUGCCCAGUUUAGAUGAAGUUCCAGAGUUCAGCCCCAUAGACCUGGAUGUAGAUUACAGCCUCUCUGAAAAUCACUCAUCAAACACUUUAUUGGGAAACCAGAAAGUGUCUAUAUCUGCUCUUCUCACAGUCAUGGGCCACAGCAGCAUCAUCACAGACAGCCAGACUGAGUAUGCAAAGUUUGUCAGUGUGUAUGAAGAACUGGGGUACGGGGCGGAAGAGUCGAUCCCCUUCUCUGUCCUCUCCACACAUUCACUCAUACAACACCUCAUGGAGACAUCGACACAGCACCAGCUCGUGAACAUUUACCAGUUGCUGAACAAUGGCGGAGAUUGCUACAUGUCAAAAUAAAAAUCCAUAUAUUUUUUUAAAACUAAAUUGAAUGUCUUCCGAGAUACUGUAUACAAAGAAACAUCAAAUAAACU